AUGAGUACAGCGAAUAAGUUUAUCAAAUGCGUUACUGUAGGGGAUGGUGCGGUCGGUAAAACGUGCAUGCUGAUCUCCUACACGAGCAACACCUUUCCUACUGAUUACGUUCCUACCGUCUUUGACAACUUCAGUGCCAAUGUGGUGGUGGAUGGCCAAACUGUCAACUUGGGACUCUGGGAUACAGCAGGUCAAGAAGACUAUAAUAGACUACGCCCUCUGAGCUACAGAGGUGCUGACGUCUUCCUUCUUGCGUUCUCUCUUAUCAGCAAAGCUAGUUAUGAGAACGUCUCGAAGAAGUGGAUACCAGAAUUGAGGCAUUACGCUGCGACCGUUCCGAUUGUCCUCGUCGGCACAAAGCUAGAUUUACGAGAUGAUUCACAAUUUUUCAAAGAGCACCCAGAUGCAACGCCGAUCAGCACUGCUCAGGGCGAGGAGCUGAAGAAGGUGAUUGGUGCAGCAGCUUACAUUGAGUGCAGCUCGAAGACGCAGCAGAAUGUGAAGGCUGUCUUUGACACGGCAAUCAAGGUGGUGUUGCAGCCGCCAAAGGCGACGAAGGCGAAGAAGAAGAGCGGAAAAUGUGUUAUCAGUUAA